UGGAAAAAUGGCUGACAAAAAAGAUGAAGAGAAGAAAGAAGACGAUGAGCGUAUUGAGUUCCUUUAUAAAUAUUUGGUGCUUUCAAGAAAAAUUAAACUCGACAAAUGGAUAAAGAUGAUAACAAACGAGGAAUACAAGGAGACGAUUAUGAAAUUCUUCGAUACACCAUCGGAAAUGAUUUUAAUAAUACAAGUAAACUUAGUCGGUAUGUUAGUGCCGUUUCUCGAGAUACCAGCGACAGGUCAGAUAAAGACAACGUAUUUUAUAAAAAAGAAUCCUGUUGAGAUCACAAAAGAAAAUUACAGGAGCAUCAUUAUACCCGGAGACAUGGCUUCGAAACCUAUCGAAGAACUAUCCGUCUUGGUUGAAGAGGCUUAUGUACCGAUAUUGUCGAAUCCGAAGAAUCACAAAGGUUGGCCUCGUGUUAUCGGUGAGGACAUGAAAAAACACGUUUACGAUCUUCGCAACUUGAUAUGCCAGGUCAAAGGUAAGAUGAUAGGACAAACUUUAUUACCAAUGCCAAUGGGUAUCGAGCAGAUAUUUGAAGCGGAAUGGAAAGCGCAGCAGAGUGAAGGUGUCGAAGUCGAUCUUCCUUUAAAAGCCAAUAUAGAAAUUAUCGUAACCAAAUGGUGCUCGCAAAUCGGUGAUACGCUAAACGAAGAAAGCCCAAGAAAUGAUAAACAUUUAUUACCAAGCGCGGAAAUCGAUUUCUGGUGUCAACGACUUGUAAACGUCGAAUCUAUUCAUAGUCAAAUGAAGGAUCUACGAGUGAAAAAGAUGGCAUCUAUUCUAGAAUUAACUAAGAGCCCCUAUUCGCCGCGUUUCAAGGCUCUGUUGAAGGACGUUAUCGGUGCGGUAAUCGAAGCACGCGAUGUAUGCGCCUACUUAAAAGCAUUGGAACCUCACUUCGAAGAUAUACAAAAUACCGAAUUUAAAGAUGUACAGCAGAAAUUGAAACCACUGCUGCAUUGUAUAUGCCUGAUAUGGUCACAUUCAAAAUAUUAUUGUAUUCCAACGCGAAUAGUUACGCUAUUAUCCGAAAUAUCUAAUCUGCUAAUUACCGAGGCUACCAAAUACUUGGAUCAGAGUACUUUAUUCACUGGCGAUAUUGACGAUAGUCUAAAACGUUUAAUGCAUGUGAUAAACAUUUUAACUUAUUAUACAGAAAUGUAUGAAAUAUUUCGAAGUAAAUUGGAUAAUUACUUUAAAUAUUCGACCGAAUUAAUUCCAUGGAAUUUUGAUGAUGAAUUGGUGCUUGGAAGAAUAAUAAAUUUUCAAAAACGUUUGGAAGAAAUCAAAAUGUUAUUUAAAACAGCUCAAGAAUAUUUUAAACUAGAAAAGAUGGAAUUAGCGAGUUUAAGAAAGAAAACGUUAUGUUCUAAAAUAUAUGACAUUCAUGAAAAAUUUAUUAAACUCUACAAUGAAUUUGCCGAAUUAGAAUAUGAUAUUUUGAUGCCAGAAGAAAUACAAUUCACAGAUCAUGUUAUUUCUUUUUUAGCAAAAGUGGAAGAGUUUGACAGACAGCUAGCAAAUAUAUUCGAUCAAGCAUUUUCUGAAUGUCAUAAUACUGAAAUCAUGUUUAAGAUAAUAUGGAUUCUAGGCUCGAUGGCCAACAGGCCAAUCAUUAUGGCACAAUUAUGGCACAAUUACGAAAGAUUGCUUCAAAGAAUUCAUGACCAUUUUGAUGACAUUAAAGUCAUAUUUGAUAGCAUCUUCGAAAAUUACAAGGAGGACGAAUGGAUUGAAACCGAUCAGUAUUUCCCGCAUGUCGCUGGUGCAUUAUGUAUAUUGACGCAGUUGCGACAACGAAUAGACUAUCCGAUGCAAUGUAUGAAAUUAAUCGAUCAUCCUUUGAUAAAUCUUAGAAAAGCACGUGAAACUAAACCAAAAUACGAUCAAAUGCAGUCACUCAUGGACGCGAUGGAGCACAAAAUAUUCACGAAUUGGGCCAACAAGAUAGUCGAUACAAGCGACUUUCAUUUAUCGAAAAGCUUAUUAAUAGUACACGAGAAUAAGCUACUCGAUUUAAACUUUGAUCCGGAACUAACUGCUCUACUGCGAGAAAUUCGCUAUAUGAUCACUAUGAAGAGGACAGAUUUACCCGAGGAAGCGAUCCAAUUAUAUUAUAGAUCGCAAUAUUUUUUUGAGAGUACCUACAAUCUCAAUUUACUCAUACAAUGGUACAAUUGGAUAAGAAAUUACAGUUUGCCUGUGGAGUUUGAAUUAUUGGAGCACGAAAUUGAAAACGUGGACAAAUUAAUUGACACUGGCCAGAAAAAUUAUAAUUGGAAUUCCCCAGAAGUGCCAGAGUACAUAAGUAAUUUGCUGGAUCUAAUACGAAAGUUACAUUUGCGGAUCUUUUAUGCUCAAGAAAACAUCAACAUGUUGUUGCGAAUGAUUUACACAUGGGCGAUGUCGCCGAUAUUAGAGCGCAAGGAUUUUAAAGAUGAGAAUUUGCUCGCUGUGGGUGAACGUAACGAGAAUUUCCAAAAGAGAUAUGACCAGAUCAAGCAAGCCAGUACAGAACUAAAUCGAAUCUUGGAUGAAAAUUAUAAACUUUUCUUCAAUUUACUGCCCGAUUCAGCGUACGAGAAAGAUGAAAUUGAAUUGAUCACAGACAUGCAAAUAGAUGCGAAAAAACAAGAAUUUGAAGAACUUGAAGAAUUUGGAGAAUUCGAAGAAAGAACAGAUGUAGAGGAAUUGCGGACUUUACCGAGCGGAUUGAGAAUGGAUGAAGAGAAAGAAAGAAUAAUUGUGCGCGAUGCUGUGGAACAAAAAGUCGGCAAAGAGGAACGAAUGAAAGCAGUAGCUGAAAUAACACUAACAAACGAGGAAAUCGCUCAGAAUAUGCCCAAAUGGAAGCCUUAUCUCGUUUACGUCGACAAUUUGAUAUCGAAAGCCUUAAUCCAAGCUGCUUCUACUAGCAUAUGCUAUCUGCUCGAUGAAACCGAUCCGGAAAGUAACGUAUCACCUCUUUUCGAGAUUCACCUGUCGCUCGAGAUACCCCAUAUUGUCUUUCGUCCUGGGGUAGAUCUGGAUGAUCCUGAGAGUUUCUAUACAUUUUACGAGGGUUUGCUGCUUGACAUUAUGAGAAUGGGAACUUUGAUACCACGCGUAGAUCCUAACAUUGCAACGGAACGGGAGCAUUAUGGAACUGAUUUAGCAGAAGAAGAAAAUAUCGUUUUCAUGCUCGAAGAAACGUGUAAUCGAAUCAAGUUAGGUUUGGUGCAAGCACAGGAAUAUAUCAUUAUUUUUGAACCAUUUUCCUGGUUAUGGCUUGACGAUAGACAACAAUAUUUAAACUUGUUUUUACGUUUUGGUCGCGCACUCACGGACGAAGAAAAAAAUAUAGUAAUGCAAGAGAAUUUAUCGGAAUAUUUAAAAGAGAAAAAGCCAGGAUUGGCUGAUUUCAAAAGAGAAAUUGACUACUUUAUGGAACUUUAUAAAAAAUGCGACGAGUUUGAGAAUGAAAAAGUUUUCUUACGUUGGCUGCAGCUAGAUCUAAGAGCCUUCAAACAAGCUUUACUGAACACAAUCUGCAAGUGGACUAAUUUAUUCAAGACACAUCUGACUGAUCACGUCAACAACGAACUCAGAAAUCUUAGCGAAUUCUUGACAAAAGCUUUAAAGAAAUUUACUCAGCCAAUCGCACCAGAUGAUUAUGAGGACUUGUUGAACACUAUAUAUUAUUUAAAGGAGGUACGAGAUCGACAAUACCAAAUUGACGAUAUGUGGGAACCUAUCAAGGCGACUAUAGAUCUUCUUAAACAAUACCAAGUGAAAUUCAGUGAAGAAACUUAUAACUGGUUGACAGAAUUACCGGAGCAAUGGGCAACGGUCAAAAAAUGGGCAGCGCAAGUGAAACAGCUUGUGAAUCCUUUGAUGGCAUAUCAAAUUGACUUAUUGAAGAAACGUCUCAAUUAUUAUGAUUUUAGACAACAGCAGUGUCUAGCGCGUUUUCGCGAGAACAUCGUGUUCAAUUUCGACUGUACGAAUGUGUAUGAGAAAUUGGACAAGAUAAAUGAAGAAAUUCUACGAUUCGAAGAGGAAUUAAAAACAUUACAUGAUCAAACGAAUAUAUUUGAACAACAGAUGGCAGAAUUUAAACAAAUCAAGUUUGCUAGAAGAGACUUAAAGCUUCUGAAGAAUCUUUGGGAUUAUGUUAAUAUUAUUACGUCGAAUCUAGACGAAUGGAAGACAACAUUUUGGAAAAAAAUAGAUGUUGAAGGAAUGGAACAAGAGUGUAAAAAAUUUAUUCGAGAGUUGAGACAAAAUAUGAUAACAUCAUUACGAGCAGUUUUAGAAUUACAAAAUCCUGCCAUCAAGGACAGACAUUGGCAAGAACUUAUGAUUAAAACCCGGGUGAAAUUUACUAUGGAUGAUAAAACUACUUUAGAAGAUUUAUUGAAAUUAGAGCUUCACAAAUUUGAGAAGGAAGUUAAGGAUAUGGUAGAUAAGGCAGUUAAAGAAAUGAGCAUGGAGAAAGUCUUAAAAGAGUUGCACAACACAUGGGAUACUCUUGAGUUUGGUAAAGAGACACAUGAACGCACUAAACUUAGCGUCUUAAAUAUAAGCGAAGAAGCAAUUGAGAUGUUGGAAGAAAAUCAAGUACAAUUGCAAAACAUGUUGGAGUCAAAAUAUGUUGCCUAUUUCCUCGAUGAAGUGACAAAUUGGCAACAAAAGCUUAACAAUGCCGAUGCCACGAUCAAUGCCUGGUUUCGAGUCCAACGAGCUUGGAUGCACCUCGAGAGCAUUUUCAUUGGAUCAGAAGACAUAAGAAGUCAAUUGCCGGAAGAAACGAAACGUUUCGAGAAGAUAGACAAGGAUUUUAAAGAUUUAUUGAAAGAAAUGGUGAGCAAUCUAAAUAUAAUAAAAUCAACGAAUAAACCGAAGCUUUUGGAUCGGCUCGAGCAAUUGGAGAUACAAUUAAAUAUUUGCGAGAAAGCUCUGUCUGAUUACCUAGAGACAAAAAGACUAGCUUACCCACGUUUUUAUUUCAUCUCGUCUGCAGAUCUAUUAGACAUAUUAAGCAAUGGAAACAAUCCCGAAUUAGUAUGCAAGCAUUUGUCCAAAUUAUAUGAUUCGUUGGCAAAGCUCCAGUGGAAAAUUGAAGAAGGAAAACCGACGAAACACGCUAAUAGGAUGAUAGCAAAGGACGGAGAGGAAAUGGCUCUGUAUGGAACAUGUGACUGCACAGGAAAGGUUGAAAUUUGGUUAAAUCGCGUCACAGAGGCGAUGAGAAAAAGCGUCAGACAUCGUUUCAGUCAGGCUGUCACAACGUACGAGGAGAAGCCUCGCGAACUUUGGAUUCUAGAUUACGAAGCACAGCCAACUCUAUGCGGCACGCAAAUCUGGUGGACCAGUGAAGUAAAUAUGGCAUUCGCGAGACUCGAAGAGGGAUUCGAGAACGCGCUUAAGGAUUAUCAGAAAAAACAGAUCAGCCAACUAAACAAUUUGAUCACAAUCUUGCGCGGCGAGUUAAAAGAGAACGACCGCCAAAAGAUCAUGACUAUCUGUACCAUCGAUGUGCAUGCGCGUGACGUUGUCGGAAAAUUAAUAUCUAUUAAAGCAGAGAACUCUUAUAAUUUUAUAUGGCAAUCGCAAUUAAAACACAGGUGGGACGACAAAUCAGGAGAUUGCUUCGCCAACAUUUGCGACGCAUGUUUCAUAUACGCUUACGAGUACCUGGGUAACGUGCCACGGUUGGUAAUUACGCCGUUGACGGACAGAUGCUACAUUACGUUGACGCAAUCGUUGCAUCUGAUAAUGGGCGGAGCACCGGCUGGGCCUGCAGGGACGGGGAAAACCGAGACGACCAAGGACCUCGGUAGAGCUCUUGGACAAAUGGUUUAUGUCUUCAACUGUUCCGAACAAAUGGAUUAUAAAUCAUGCGGUAACAUAUACAAAGGAUUAGCACAAACUGGAGCGUGGGGUUGCUUCGACGAAUUCAAUAGGAUUUCUGUCGAGGUAUUGUCGGUCGUGGCUGUGCAAGUGAAAUGUGUUCUAGACGGAAUCAAAAGCCGGAAAAAGAAGUUCUUAUUCUUUGGAGUAGAACUUAAUAUCGUGGAUACAGUUGGCAUAUUCAUAACGAUGAAUCCUGGUUAUGCUGGUAGAACAGAAUUACCCGAAAACUUGAAAACAUUAUUUCGGCCCUGCGCUAUGGUGGUGCCCGAUUUUGAACUAAUUUGUGAGAUUAUGUUAGUGGCCGAGGGCUUCCAAGAAGCGAGAAUACUGGCGAGGAAGUUUAUUACCCUAUACAUGUUAUGUCGAGAGCUUUUAUCCAAGCAAGAUCACUACGACUGGGGUUUGAGAGCCAUCAAGUCCGUUUUAGUCGUCGCUGGAAAGCUGAAACGUGAUGAUAGGCGAAGGCCGGAGGACCAAGUGCUAAUGAGAGCGCUAAGGGAUUUUAAUAUGCCAAAAAUCGUGACUGACGAUGUGCCCGUGUUCAUGGGAUUAAUAGGAGAUUUAUUCCCCGCAUUGGAUGUACCGCGAAAGAGAGAUUUAGAUUUCGAAAUAAUAAUUAAAGCUGCGGCUCUUGACUUAAAGUUGCAACCAGACGACGGGUUUAUUCUCAAGGUGGUACAAUUGGAAGAGUUGUUUCACGUUCGACAUUCAGUCUUUAUCGUUGGCCUCGCCGGGACUGGUAAGACCGAAGUCUGGAAAACGCUUAAUCGAACGUACUCAAAGCAAAAGCGCAAACCGCACUACAACGAUUUGAACCCAAAGGCGGUGACCAACGACGAGUUAUUUGGUGUCAUUAAUCCGGCAACGAGGGAAUGGAAAGACGGGUUGUUCUCCAUGAUAAUGAGGGAGCAAGCCAACAUGGCCGGCGAUGAUCCAAAGUGGAUCAUAUUCGACGGUGACAUCGACCCGAUGUGGAUCGAAUCCCUGAAUACCGUGAUGGACGAUAACAAGGUUCUAACAUUAGCGAGUAAUGAAAGAAUCGCAUUAACCAAACACAUGCGUCUUCUCUUCGAAAUCUCAAAUUUAAGGACAGCUACGCCUGCAACAGUGUCUAGAGCAGGAAUUUUAUAUAUCAAUCCACAAGAUUUAGGUUGGAGCCCAUUUAUAACAAGUUGGAUAGAAAUGAGAGAUCCUUCGGAACGAGCUAACUUGUCGAUUCUCUUCGAGAAAUACAUUCCACCCCUGCUGGAAGUAACAAAAUCAAAAUUCAAGAAGAUCACUCCUUUACCAGAAAUAUGUCACUUACAAAUGCUUUGUCACUUACUCGAUUGCUUUCUAACUAAAGAAAACGUACCACUGGACUGCCCAAAGGAAUGGUAUGAAUUAUAUUUUGCGUUCGCCUGCAUUUGGGCGUUUGGUUCAGCAAUGUUUCAAGAUCAGUUGAUUGAUUGGCGGAAUGAAUUUAGCAAAUGGUGGCAAAAUGAAUUUAAAACUAUCAAAUUUCCAUCAAGUGGAACUGUAUUUAAUUACUUUAUAGAACCAGAAACGAAAAAAUUAAUACCUUGGACAGAAAAAGUUGUCUCGUUUGAAUUGGAUGCAGAUAUUCCACUUCAGUCCGUUUUGGUACCAACUGGAGAAACAAUACGCUUCCGUUUUUUCAUGGAUUUAUUGAUAAAGAAGCGCGUUCCGAUCAUGUUAAUUGGUGGAGCAGGCUCCGGAAAAAGUGUCAUUGUAGCCGAAAAAUUGGCAGCUUUGCCAGAUAAUUAUAACAUUGCAAAUGUUCCCUUUAAUUUCUAUACUACAUCAGAUAUGUUGCAAAAAGUACUUGAGAAACAUUUGGAGAAGAAAGCGGGACGUAAUUACAGUCCACCGGGAACAAAACUUUUGGUGUAUUUCAUAGACGACAUGAAUAUGCCGGAAGUGGACACUUAUGGAACUGUACAACCUCAUACUUUGCUUAGACAACAUAUGGAUUAUAAUCACUGGUACGAUAGAACAAAAUUAACUUUGAAGGAGAUUCAUAAUACGCAGUAUGUAUCUUGCAUGAAUCCUACUGCAGGCAGUUUCGUCAUAGAUCCACGCUUACAAAGACACUUUGCCGUGUUCGCAGUUAGUUUUCCGCAAAAAGAGGCGCUCAUAAUGAUAUACAGUCAGAUCCUUAAGCAACAUGUGAUUGAUCCACAGCAAAAGUUUGAUCAAGCGGUGCAAACAUUCAUAGAUCCUUUGAUAGAAGCCGCGUUAUAUCUUCAUGAUAAAAUCGCCACGACUUUUCUACCGACGGUCAUCAAGUUUCAUUAUGUUUUCAAUUUACGCGAUUUAACCAAUAUAUUCCAGGGGAUGCUCUUUGCCCGUGGCGACGUUUUACCACUUCCGAGUCACGUAAUCAGGCUUUAUGCUCAUGAAGCGAUGCGAGUGUAUCGUGACAAAUUGAUAAACUUCGAAGACCAGAAAGUAUUCGAUCAACUACUGCUCAAAGCGCUUCGCAAAAAUAUACCCGAGUUGAACAAAAAUGAAAUUAGUUUGGAGCAGCCGUUGAUAUACUGCCAUUUCGUAGAAGGAAUUGGCGAACCCAAAUACGCGCCUGUCAAAAAUUGGACGCAGUUUGUAAAAUUACUCGACGAAGCUUUGCUCAAUUAUAAUGAACUGGUGUCAGCGAUGAAUCUAGUAUUAUUCGAAGAUGCUAUAUAUCAUGUGUGUCGCAUCAACAGAAUUUUGGAGGCACCGAGAGGCAAUGCGCUUCUAGUAGGUGUAGGUGGUAGCGGCAAACAAUCUUUAUCGCGUUUGGCUUCUUUCGUUUCCUUAUUGGAGGUGUUUCAAAUACAAUUACGUAAAGAUUACUCCUUAAACGAACUGAAAGCUGACUUAGCCAUGUUGUAUCUGAAGGCCGGGGUGAAGGGAAUCGGUACUACUUUUUUAUUGAGUGAUUCUCAAAUUGCGGAAGAAAAAUUCUUGAUUGUGGUGAAUGAUAUGUUAGCGACGGGGGAAAUCAUGGAACUGUUUGCCGAUGACGAAGUGGACAAUAUCAUCAACGCCGUACGCAAUGAGGUUAAGCAAACUGGAUUAAUUGACACUAGAGAGAAUUGUUGGAAAUUUUUUAUCAACCGCGUACGAAGACAAUUGAAGUGUGUUCUGUGCUUUUCACCGGUAGGAGCAACCCUUCGGAAAAGGGCCAGGAAAUUUCCUGCAAUAGUAAAUUGUGCUGCGAUCGACUGGUUUCAAGACUGGCCGCAGAAAGCGUUAGAAUCCGUGUCGACAACGUUUUUAAAGGAGUUAAAAGAAUUACCGAUCGAAUAUCGAACUUCCGUGUCGCUGUUCAUGUCUUUCGUUCAUACGAGCGUUAACGAUAUAUCCGCAAUAUAUUUGCAAAAUGAAAGAAGAUACAAUUAUACGACACCCAAGUCAUUCCUUGAGCAGAUUUUCUUAUAUUCCAAGUUGUUAACAGAAAAAACACAUGAUCUGGAAGCAAUGAUCACGCGUCUCACCGAUGGAUUGGUGAAACUCGAAUCCUGCGCGAUUGAGGCUGACAAAUUAAAGAUCAUUUUGACGGCUCAAGAGAUUGAGUUGAAGGAAAAGAAUAAGAUACUUGAUAAAAUAUUGCUCGAAGUACGUGCGGAAAAUGUAAAAACGGAGGCAGAAAAAGCUAUCGUGACCGAGGAAGAGGCAAAAGUGCAGGAAAUCAAGGAGAUGGUAUCAAAAAAACAAAUACGUUGCGAUGAAGACGUGGCCCAAGCGGAGCCAGCGGUGAGGCAGGCCGAAGCUGCGCUCGAUACUUUAAACAAGAAUAACUUGACCGAAAUGAAAUCUUUCGGAUCUCCGCCGGAUGCCGUGCUUAUGGUCGCCCAGGCCGUGCUCGUUUUAUUUUCACCAAGAGAAAGGAUUCCGAAAGAUAGAACUUGGAAGGCUUGCAGAGUGAUAAUGGGGUCUAUUGAUGGAUUUCUGUCAGAGUUACGUAAUUAUGAUAAAGAGAAUAUACCACCGGAAGUUGUAAACGCAAUUCAGCCGUACAUCACUAAUAAAGAAUUUGAUCCGGACUUUGUAUAUUCAAAGUCGCAAGCGGCAGCGGGACUUUGUAGCUGGGUGAAAAAUAUUAUGGUGUUUCAUUAUAUCAACGAGAAUGUAAAACCUUUGAGAGCAGCGCUUGCUGAGGCAAACGCCGAAUUGAAGGCUGCUAUGGACAACUUGAAUUCUUUGAAGGACCGUUUAGCGGAGCUUCAGAAAGUGUUGGAUGUUUUGAGCGAAAAAAUGAAUGUGGCUUUAGCUGAGAAACAAAAAUGUCAAGAAGAAGCAGAUGCGACUGCAUUCGUUAUAGACUUAGCAAAUCGAUUGAUAAAUGGUCUAGCGUCUGAGAAUAUUCGUUGGGCUGAAACUGUACAACUACUAAAGGAAUCCGGAAUUACGCUACCAGGCAACGUAUUACUUAUCACAGCAUUCCUUUCUUAUAUGGGAUGUUUUACAAAAAAAUAUAGAAUAGAUCUUAUGAAUUUAUAUUGGUUACCGUUUCUCAACAAUCUGCAAGUGCCAAUACUGUAUACGCCAAAUUUGGAUCCAUUGUCAUCAAUAACUGACGAUGCAAUAAUUGCCCAAUGGAAUAACGAAGGUUUACCUACAGACAGAAUGUCUUCGGAAAAUGCCACGAUACUUAUAAAUUCGUCUAGGUGGCCACUAAUGAUUGAUCCGCAAUUACAAGGAAUCAAAUGGAUAAAAAACAAAUACGGAGAGAAUUUGAUAGUGCUACGUUUAACUCAAAAGUAUUAUCUUGACAAAAUUGAACACGCUAUCGCCAAUGGAGACAUAGUACUUCUGGAAAAUAUCACGGAAACUAUCGAUGCUGUUUUAGAUCCAAUCGUAGGUCGGGUUUUAAUAAAGAAGGGAAGGGCUAUCAAGGUGGGAGACAAAGAGGUGGAUUAUAACCCACGCUUUCGUCUGAUCUUACAAACAAAACUGGCGAAUCCUCACUAUAAGCCAGAAAUGCAAGCUCAGACUACACUCAUCAAUUUUACGGUUACGAUAGACGGUUUGGAAGAGCAGCUAUUAGGUGCCGUCGUGAAAGCGGAGCGUCCGGAUUUGGAGUCGAGCAAAGCCAAGCUCACGACUCAGCAGAACACGUUCAAGAUCACGUUAAAAAUGUUGGAAGAUGAUCUGUUGCAUAGAUUGGCGACGGCAGGUCCCGAUAUUUUGACUGAUGUCGCUCUUGUGGAAAAUCUCGAAACUACGAAGAAGACUGCCAGUGAGAUCGAGGUAAAGGCAAUCGAGGCGAAGAUGACUGCCAUAAAGAUAGACGAGGCGCGAGAGUCCUACCGACCAGUGGCAUCCAGAGCCAGCCUCCUCUACUUCAUCCUUAACGAUCUCUACAAGAUCAACAUGCUGUAUCAGUUUUCUCUCAAGGCAUUCAACACGGUCUUUGAAAACGCUAUUAAAUUUGCGGAGUCGGCAGAUGCCUUUACUAAACGCGUCGCCAAUUUAAUCGACAGCGUUACGUAUUUGAUUUUUACAUAUACCAGUAGAGGAUUGUUCGAGAGCGACAAGCUCAUAUUUUUGUGCCAGCUAACUCUUCAGAUUCUAAUGCAAAUGAAAGAGAUAGAUCCAUUAGAAGUGGAUUUCCUCUUGCGAUUCCCUUAUCUCCCUGAUGUCAUGAGUCCGGUGGAUUUUCUGAGUAACAUUGGCUGGGGUGGCAUCAAAUAUCUGAGCGGAAUGGAAAAUUUUCACAAUUUAGACCGCGAUAUAGAUGGAGCUGCAAAGAGAUGGAGAAAAUUCGUCGAAUCGGAAACACCUGAGAGAGAAAAAUUCCCCCAGGAAUGGAAAAAUAAAACAACCUUUCAAAGACUUUGUAUAUUGAGAUGUGUGAGAGUUGAUCGAAUGGUUUACGCUAUACGAUACUUCGUGGAAGAGAAACUGGGAGCAAAAUUCUUAGAGUUUCGAAUGAAACCCUUUGAAAAAUCGUACGAAGAAAUGAAUGCGAGCACGCCAGUAUUUUUUAUUUUAUCUCCAGGAGUCGAUCCUCUAAAAGAUGUUGAGAAACUCGGUAAACAGCUCGGCUUUACAUUCGACGCACAAAAUUUCCACAAUAUAUCAUUAGGACAAGGUCAGGAACCUAUCGCGGAGGAGAUGAUAGAAGUCUCAGCGCGCAAAGGUCAUUGGGUUAUACUUCAGAACAUCCAUCUAGUGAAGAACUGGUUGCCAAAUUUGGAAAAGAAGAUAGAACAACUCUCGGAAGAGUCACAUAAAGAUUAUCGGCUUUAUGUUAGUGCAGAACCAAGUCCCGAUCCUCACACAUCGAUAAUACCACAAGGUAUAUUAGAAUCAGCCAUAAAAAUUACCAACGAACCACCAACGGGUAUGCGCGCCAACAUUCACAAAGCUUUGGACAACUUUAGCCAGGAUAUAUUGGAAUCUUGCUCCAAGGAAACUGAGUUCAAAGCUAUUCUUUUCACUCUGUGUUAUUAUCAUGCUGCCGUGGCAGAGCGUAGAAAAUUUGGGGCACAAGGAUGGAAUGGGUUGUAUCCCUUCAAUGUUGGCGACUUGACUAUCAGUGCAUCAGUACUGUUGAAUUAUCUCGAGAGCAAUACUAAGAUACCUUGGGAAAAUUUACGCUAUUUAUUUGGCGAAAUCAUGUAUGGCGGUCAUAUAACCGAUGAUUGGGACAGAAGAUUAUGCCGAACAUAUCUCUUAGAGUACCUGCAACCAGAGUUGGUUGAGGGUGAAUUAUAUUUGGCUCCGGGUUUUAUAGUGCCACCCAGUACCGAUUAUACGGGCUAUCAUCAAUAUGUAGAAGAUUAUUUGCCGCCGGAGAGUCCUAUCCUAUACGGCCUUCAUCCGAACGCGGAGAUUGGAUUUCUCACAAAUACGACAGAAAACUUGUUUAAAACAAUUUGGGGGAUGCAACCACGGGAUAGUAUCGACAUUAGCGGACUGUUAUCGAAAGAAGAGAAGGUGAAAGUUAUAAUAGAGGAUAUACUGGAUAAGCUUCCCGAAGAGUUUAAUAUACAAGACUUGAUGAACAAGACGGAAGAUCGUAGUCCUUUCGUUAUAGUCGCUUUCCAAGAAUGCGAACAUAUGAACAUACUGUGUAAGGAACUAAAAAGAUCUCUAGAAGAAUUAGAUCUCGGCUUAAAGGGCGAGCUCACGAUUAGCGCGGAUAUGGAAGAUUUGCAAAAUUACUUGUUCAUGGAGUCUGUACCACCAUCCUGGACCAUACGCGCCUAUCCCUCCACUCUCGGAUUAUCGAGUUGGUUUGCGGACUUGUUCAAUCGAAUAACCGAGCUGUCGAAUUGGACGGUAGCUUUUAAUUUGCCACCGACGAUCUGGCUGGGUGGUUUUUUCAAUCCGCAGUCCUUACUUACCGCCAUCAUGCAGCAAACCGCUCGUAAAAACGAGUGGCCCCUGGACAAAAUGUGCCUGUAUUGCGACGUAACCAGAAAGCAGAAGGAAGAAUUUACGAUACCACCGCGCGAGGGUGUCUAUAUCAACGGUUUGUACAUGGAGGGUGCGCGAUGGGAGAUUGCGACCGGUUGCAUUGCAGAUUCGCGAUUGAAGGAGCUAUUUUUUUCGAUGCCGAUCGUGUUCGUAAAGGCAAUCACACAGGAUAAGCAAGAAACUAAGAAUGUAUACGAAUGUCCGAUCUACAGAACCAGAAAGCGCGGUCCAACAUACAUCUGGACGUUCAAUUUGAAGACUCGUGAUAAGCCGUCUAAGUGGACUUUGGCCGGCGUCGCGAUUCUCUUGCAGAUUUAA